AUGAAGGGUUUGGGGGACACCCGUAGCCGGCACCUGUCCGGGAACCUGGACUCUCAUUCAGACACCCUGUAUGUUCAACAAGAACGGACACCUUACCUAAUCAGUUCUACUGAGGCCUAUCCACCAGAACCUCGAUACCCUGACAACUCCCUACACCCUGACUGCCUGUAUCCCCUCAACAACCAGCUCUCAAACAGUAGCACCUUUCCUCGUAUUCACUUUAAUUCCCAUUAUGAACCUCCUGAGGAGACACCACCAUAUCCGACCCCACAUGCACCUCCUGCCAAAAUCAACCGCCUUCCUGCCAGCCUCCUGGACCAGUUUGAAAAGCAGUUGCCCAUUCACAGAGAUGGCUUCAGUACACUUCAGUUCCAAAGGCAAGCCCCAGAGGGAAAGGACCGCAGCGAAAGCCCUGGGCGCAUCCGUCAUCUAGUCCACUCUGUGCAAAAACUCUUUGCAAAGUCACAGUCUCUUGAGGGUGGUGGAAGGGCCAGUGUGAAUGGCAAGAAAGGGUCAUCAGACGAUGCCAAGGGAACAAAACGUAGUAAAAGUAAAGAACGUGGAAAGGGGGAUGGUAAGGGCCAGGCUCGAAGCGGUGGAGUUUCUGGAUGGUGGAGUUCGGAUGACAAUUUGGAUAGUGAUACAGGCAGUUACCGCAACCCAGCGGGCAUGAUGACUCUUGGAAGGCGCCCCGAUCAUGGAACUCGACAUUUCUUAAGUGGAUAUAAUACUAUCAGUGAGAGCAUGUUGAAAGCAUCUAAAAGCAAUAAUGACCUCAAGUUCACGCCCUUCCAGCCCCCAUCACUUACUUUGUCCCCUUUGCCUACACCUCGUGAGGUGGUCCCCGCUAGUUCAACAUCAUCACUCAAAAGAGGUUCGUGGUCAACACUAACACUAAGUCAUGCCCGAGAUGUAUGUCAGAAGGCAUCUGGCACCAUAGACAAAGCACUGCUCAAGUCAAAGUCUUGUCACCAGGAUCUUAGCUACCAGUAUCUGCAGGUGCCGGGUGGAGAGUGGUCUGGAGCACCAUGCAAGGAUGAUGACAUCCCAUGUCGACGGAUGCGCAGUGGAAGCUACAUUAAAGCUAUGGGUGAUGCGGACAGUGAAGACUCAGAAGGGAGCCCCCAACCUUCCCCCAAAACUGCAGCAAGGAGGCAGAGCUACCUCAAGGCCACACAACAGUCACUAAGUGAGCAGAGCACCACACAGAGGAGUCUGGAACGUGUGGACUCCAUGGACAUUCUGUCCCCUCCAAAGUUCCAGAGUUGGGAAGAGGAUUAUAAUCAGCUGACUGAGAGCGCAACAGAAGAGAGCAGUCUAUGCCAGGAUACUGAGCCACGCUGCGUGCUGCAGUACCAAACACAAGACAUGGAAGAGACGAGGGACAUAUAUCAUUCCCUCAGUCAGGUAGCUGAGGAACAGAGGGAUCGGUAUCCAUUGUGCCAAGUCCCAGAAGAACCAAUCGAAAGAUACAAUCUAUGUCAAGUACCAGAGGAACCUCGAGACAGGUUCCAGCUUUGCCAAGUGGAGGAAGAAGAGAGCGAACAAUAUCCACUGUGCCAGGUGCCUGAGGAGCUGAGGGAAAGGUACCCCUUGUCUCAAGUUCCAGAGGAGCCAAAUGUAAGAUACCCAAUGUCACCAGAAGAAAAGAGAGAGCGGUACCCCUUGGUUCCGGCUAUGUUCAGGGAAACUGAAAAUUCCCAACAUGAAGCUUUUGACCUCCAUCUACCCAGUUACUUCCGCUCACGCAGCCACAGCUACCUCCGUGCCAUCCAGGCCGGCUGCUCACAGGACGACGACACAACUUCCCUACAGUCCAUGUCUCCCCCUUUACCAAUCACCAGCCGGACUCUACCCAGACACAUCGGCUCCUCUUGUCUGGUGGGUUACAAGAAGACCCCCCCACCUGUACCCCCUCGCACCACCUCCAAACCCUUCAUAUCUGUGACUGUACAAAGUAGUACUGAAUCUGCCCAGGACUCCUAUCUGGAUGCACAGGAGGGGCAGAGUGAAGCCAACAGCCAGUCUGGGCUCAGCACCUCCACUGAGAGCCUUGAAAGCACCCGGGCACCCAGUGUAACCCGCAUUGCCCCCCCAACUCCAAUCAGGCAAAUCCCUCCUGAAGUACCCCCAAAAAAUGCAGCCGUAAAAAGCAUCAAAGAAGAGCCGCGCGCCCCUGAACCCUUCCCGAAACGUAAACUGUCCUCCAUUGGAAUUCAGGUGGAUAGCAUACAACCAGUGCCUGUUCCCGAGCCGCCCCCUCCCGCCAGAUUUCAGUCCAUCGGAGUCCAAGUGGAAGAAGAGUGGAGGAAUAGCCGAUCCAGCAGUAUGACCUCCAAGCAAGAGACAGAUUCUGAUACUCAAGAGCCCAGCAAUUCAUCUGACAAGAGUGUGCCCGACUGCCCACCCCCUCGCCAUCCCACCCCAUGUCCUCCAGUGCCCCUCCCCAAAAAGCACCUCUCCUAUGGAGAUGGUGGGGAAACAGAGGCCUCUGCCCUUCCUCCUCCUGACCCUUGGCUGGACUCUGCAGCCUCUCCUCCUUCUACCGAGCCUACCCAGGCGGGCGCUUGCCGCAGGGAUGGACACUGGUUCCUGAAGUUGUUGCAGGCUGAGACAGAAAGGCUGGAGGGCUGGUGUAAGCAGAUGCAGAGGGAGACGGGCGAUAACAACUUGUGUGAAGAAGUGAUUGGGAAGCUCCUCAGUGCUGUUGGCAGCGCUCAGCUUCUGAUGUCGCAGAAGUUCCAGCAGUUCCGUGGCUUGUGUGAGCAAAACCUGAACCCCAACUCAAACCCACGUCCAUCAGCGCAGGACCUUGCCGGAUUCUGGGACCUGUUGCAGCUUUCCAUAGAAGAUAUUAGCAUGAAAUUUGAUGAACUCUUCCAGCUCAAGGCCAAUGGCUGGGCAUUGAGCGAGAUCCCUGAUAGAAAUGAGAUAAAACGACCUCCUCCCCCUGUGCCAAAGAAACCAGCCCGACCCAAGCCUCCUCUGAGUCGUGACAAGGCACCAGGCCCCUCCAACAGCGACAAGCAGCGACAAGAAGCCCGCAAAAGGCUGAUGGCGGCCAAAAGAGCGGCCUCGGUGCGCCAGAAUUCUGCCACAGAGAGUGCGGACAGCAUCGAGAUCUAUGUGCCAGAGGCACAGACGCGGCUCUGAGUGAGAGAGCCUCUGGUGUGCCAAUCAUGGGGAAAUGGAGGGUCUUGGCAACUAUAGACUUACUGACAGACUCAAGUGGGAGACACAGGGAGAAAGGCACAAGAGCACGCUAAUUCUAGGCGGCUGAACCUGGCAGUCACAAGGUGCUGUCAGGAGGGUUCCACAGAUGGUGUGCAGGACUUUUCAAUUAAUUAUUCUUAAAAAUUAAGGAGAUUUUUCAUGUCUGUGUGGGGAAGAGACCCAAAUUGGAAGGUUUUUUGGAAGGGGUAUCCAUGUUAUGCAGCCCCACUAACCCCUCUCCUUAUCUGGGCCGAGGCAAUAAGGCACCCCAAAAUCUCACUAUUGCACAAAGACUGCACCCUGGUUUUGGACGGUCCGCCAUCUUUGUAUCACCCCUUGUCUGUGAUAAGUAGCACCUAUUGCAAUAAGGAUCAACCCCUCCGCCCCCCGCCAGCCUCCCUCUCCUUAUAAAGCAGGAGCAUGCAGAUUUGUAUGGUUCCGAUUAAACACUUGCCCCCUAAAUUUCAUCUGUUGGAGUAGACCGCCGGCUUGGUAGACGUGCACAUUGCUCUGCAGCAUUUGUAGAUGCAGUGCUCUGCUCCCAGCAGAGGGCGGCAAUGAGCAGCUCUGCACAAUCAAUGGCAGCCUCUGCACUGCAAUGCAUUGUUGACUUUACUAGCAGAUGAUUACAUUUUAUUUUAUUUUAUUUUUUUAGUGCUAAUUAUGAAUGUCGUUCUGAUUUAGACCCGGUUUUAAAUGAAGACAAUAUUAUUGCUGUUGAAAACUCCAGUCUGCAAGCUAGGCCAGCAAUGCGAAGAGAAACAAAGCACACUGUACUAUAUAAGAUCACAUACCCCGUACACUGUCGUCAACCCACCGACCUGUGGCGAUGCACAGUAUCUCAAUACAUUGACAGUUUGCCAUGGCGCACUCUAUCGUGAUGCUGAGUAUCUCUAUACAUUAACCUUGAACAUGCUGCGCUGUAUAAUGCUGCUGAGUAUCCGUUCACCAAUAAUAUGCAACCUCAUUGUAUGACAUAAAUUUUCUACACGCCAAUGAAAACAUCUCCGCGUAUAGCGAUACCACGUAUCUCUAUGCUCUGAUAACACACAUCAACGAGUAGACAUAUUGUACUGUACGGUGAUGCUGAGGAUCAGGUCACACCGUAUAAUGAUGCUGAGUAUCAUACACUGGUGACAUCACAAACUCCUUCCCCUGCCCACUUCUUCAAUCGAUGACAUCAUUUGUAGGUUUCUUCCCCACGUGAACCAGACAGGAACGAACUUCACGUUUUGCAAACGUGGAAACAGGAUUUUUAGGAGAAAAAAAAAAUAAGUUUAAAUAAAAAAAAAAUUAAAAAAAUAUUCAGAUGUUUUGGAAUUUUGGAGAAAAAAAAAAUCUAUUCCUAGGGAUGCACCCAAUAAAGAGCAAUAGAGCCUGA